GACCCGCCGCGGGCAGCCGCUGGGGCUGCGGCAGGCCGGCCCUGGGCGCCGCUGCGGGGUUGCAUGGAGGCACCCCCGGCCCGCAGAGAGGUGUGACUCCCCCGGAGGACGACGCGCCUGCUCCGCUUGGCCCCACAAGGCGAGCGGCCCCGGGUCCCUCUUCACCGGCCCCGGCCGGGCUGCGGGAGGAACAAGGAAGGGGUUUAGGACCUUAAAAAAAAUAAAUAAAACCGCAGCAUCGCCCCCUAACCAGGCAGCUGCUGUCUCCUGAGAAAUGAAGAAGUUUUUCGACUCGCGUCGGGAGCAGGGCGGCUCUGGCCCUGGGUCGGGGACCAGCGGGGGAGGCGGCGGCAGCGGCGGCCCCGGCAGCGGCUACAUCGGGCGGGUGUUCAGCAUCGGCCGCUUCCAGGGGACGGUGGAGGAGGUGCUGGCGGAAGGUGGCUUUGCAAUAGUGUUUCUUGUGAGGACCAACAAUGGGAUGAAAUGUGCCCUGAAGCGCAUGUACGUCAAUAACGAGUACGACCUGCAGGUCUGCAAAAGGGAAAUCCAGAUUAUGCGGGACCUGUCUGGCCACAAGAACAUUGUUGGGUACAUUGACUCCAGCAUCAACUCAGUAAGCAGUGGGGAUGUGUGGGAAGUGCUGAUACUGAUGGAUUUCUGUCGAGGGGGCCAGGUGGUGAACCUGAUGAACCAACGCCUGCAGACCGGCUUCACCGAGAGCGAGGUCCUGCAGAUCUUCUGUGACACCUGCGAGGCCGUGGCCAGGCUGCAUCAGUGCAAAACACCAAUAAUCCACAGGGAUCUGAAGGUUGAAAACAUCCUGCUCCAUGAUCGUGGCCACUAUGUCCUGUGUGACUUUGGAAGUGCUACUAACAAAUUCCAGAACCCUCAAACAGAAGGGGUGAAUGCAGUAGAGGAGGAGAUCAAAAAGUACACUACAUUAUCCUAUAGAGCACCAGAAAUGGUCAACCUGUACAGUGGCAAACUUAUCACUACAAAAGCAGACAUAUGGGCCCUUGGCUGUUUACUGUACAAGCUGUGUUACUUCACCUUGCCAUUUGGGGAGAGUCAGGUGGCAAUCUGUGAUGGCAAUUUCACCAUUCCGGAUAAUUCCCGGCACUCUCAAGAUAUGCACUGCCUGAUCCGGUAUAUGCUUGAGCCAGACCCAGAUAAGAGACCUGAUAUUUAUCAAGUCUCCUACUUUGCAUUCAAACUGGCAAAGAAGGAAUGCCCAGUCCAGAAUGUGCAGAACUCUCCAAUUCCUGCUAAACUCCCAGAUCCAGUUAAAGCAAGUGAAGCUGCUGCAAAGAAGAGUCAACCAAAGGCCAGGCUGACAGAUCCCAUUCCUACGACAGAAACUUCUAUAGCACCCCGACAGAGACCUAAAGCAGGACAGACACAACCCAACCCUGGAAUUUUACCCAUUCAGCCAGCCCUGACCCCUAGGAAGAGAGCCACAGCUCAAGGAGCCAUUCAGCCCCAAGGACCUGCUGCCCUGGGCAGUGCUCAGCCCUCCCUCCCUGCAAGUGUCCCCCAGCAGAAGGCAGCACCCCAACAGGCUCCAGCACAGCCCCAAGCCAAGCAGGCUCCAGCUCCUCAGCAGACCCCACAGGCACAGCCCCAGGUCCCCUCUACUCAGCCCCAAGCCACACCUCAGCAUCAACAGCAGCUUUUCUUGAAGCAACAGCUUCUGCAACAGCAGCAGCAGCAGCAACAGGCUGCAUAUUACCAGCAGCAGCAGCAGCAGCAGCAGAUGAUGCAAGCUCAGCAGUUCCCAGUGAUGCAGCAAGGAGCGCCAGCACAGCAGCAGCUGAUGCAGAACUAUUACCAACAGCAGCAGCAGCAGCAGCUGAUGGCCCAGCAGGCAGCAAUGCAGCAGAAGCCAGGAGCAGUGCAGCAGAAGCCAGGAGCAGUGCAGCAGAAGCAGCAGAGCCCAGCACAGCCCCAGCAGAGCGCGGCCCCCCCGGCACAGCCCCCGGAGCAGGCGAGGCAGCAGCAAAAACCCCAAACUCCCCCCCCCUCUGCAGCCCCAGGACAGAAGGUGGGCUCUCUCACCCCUCCCUCCUCCCCCAAGGACCCAGCGGCAGGGCACAGGAGGAUCCUCAGCGACGUCACCCACAGUGCAGUGUUUGGGGUCCCAGCCAGCAAGUCCACCCAGCUCCUGCAGGCAGCAGCAGCUGAAGCCAGCCUCAACAAGUCCAAAUCUGCUUCCACCACCCCCUCGGGCUCCCCAAGGACCUCGCAGCAGAAUGUUUAUAACCCACCCGAUGUCUCCACCUGGAAUCCCUUUGGUGAUGAUAACUUCUCCAAGCUCACAGCUGAGGAGCUGCUGAACAAGGACUUUGCAAAGCUGGGUGAUGGGAAGACUCCAGAAAAGAUGGACAGCUCUACAGAGAACUUGAUCCCAGGUUUCCAGCCAGCUUCAUCUGCUGCCCAGCCAGAUGUGUUUGGGGGCUCUUCCUUCACUGCUGGAUCUGCUGAAAAAGCAAAAGACAUUCUGAGUAUGGACACGAGCCCUUCCCUUCUGACUGUGCCUGAUCCUUUCAUUCCUCUCCCGCUCUCCGACACGCCAGAAAAACUGAUUGAGGGACUCAAAUCUCCUGAGACUGCACUUCUGCUCCCUGAUAUCCUGCCUCUUGCUGACCCCUUCGGUAGCACCUCAGACGCUGUGAAUGGAAAAGCUGAUGUGGCUGUUGAGAGCCUCAUCCCAGGCCUGGAGGCUCCAGCACCCCAACGCCUCGUGUCCCAGACGGAGUCGGUGCCCUCCACCAGGACAGACUCUCUCACUGGGGAAGACUCUCUGCUUGACUGUUCUCUGCUUUCUAACCCUGCUGCUGACCUCUUGGAUGAGUUUGCUCCCAUAGCUUUCGCAGCUCAGCCUCACAAAGAGGAUACUAACCUGAUAUCAGGCUUUGAUGCUCCUGAGGGCUCUGAAAAAGUGACAGAAGAUGAGUUUGACCCAAUUCCAGUGUUGAUAUCCAAAAAUUCACAAGGUCUGCCAAGGGAUCCAGCCCUGUUCCCAGCUGUAGGUCUGGAGCUCUGUAAAGGCCCUCCUGGCAGUGAUGGACUUGCUGUCUACAAGGGUCGGUCUGAGGUACUGGAGGUGAAAACACAGCACAACUCAGAGUCAGACUACUUGACAAGAGAUGGUCCUUCAAGCAACAGCUCCUUUUACAGCAGUGAAGGAGAGGGGACAGACCAUGAAGGAGAUAUUUUGGAUUGUAGUGGGUCGAGGCCUUUACUGAUGGAUUCAGAAGAGGAGGAGGAAAGCUCCAAGUUGUGCACAGGGUUCCUGCAGUCUGCACCCAGGGAAAGACACGAGGCCUCCAAAGAAGAUCCCCACUCCCAGCCUGCCCAGACUCGAGCAGGGGAGAUGCUGUUCCCUGCUUUUCAGUUGCACACCGGGGAGGUUUUUAAUGAACCAGAUGUUUUUGCCACAGCUCCUUUCCGAAGCUCAAGAAAAGUGCCUGAUGAGGGGGAUGUCUUUACCAAAGCUCCUUUUAUCUCCAAGGGCAAGGUGGCUUGUAGACAUCCAGAAGAAGCAGAUGUAUUUCUGAGAGCCCCUUUCACUAAAAAGAAAAGCAUGGAAGAGUUGACUUCCCAUAGUGUGUCUAAGGAACCAUUUGCACCACCUCUUUUCCCAAGCCAGGGAGUUGAUGUCCAACACAGAGCUAACCCCGUGUUCCCAAGCCUGGAUUCAGCCAUGUGUGGGUCCACAGCCUCGGUGAGAUCUCCGUAUCCCUCUGCUGGGUUUACUCAGCCAAGCAAUCUUCAUCCCUCUCCUGUCAGAGCUGUGGAGACUCAGGAGAAUGUCCCUUCCCCAGGAGUGCUGCAGGAGCCCGGCGAGAGAAGCCCUGGAGGGGCCGUGGUGCCGCAGGAGCCCGUGCUGGGCUCUGUGCUAAACAAACCUUUCCGUCCACAAUCCCUCUCAAAAUACUCCCGUCACUACAGUCCAGAAGAUGGGCAGGGUCUGGAAGUCAAGCCCAUAGCUGCUUACAAGGUGGUUUCUCAGACCAACAGACAGGCAAUAGCAGGAUCUGUCUCUGUUGCCCCUCUGCCUUCCAGGACUACGGAGCCGCCCGGCGGGGACCCGUUUGCCUCAGCACCCUUCCCUUCCAAAGCAGGAAAGCAAAAGCCUUAAUCUGCUGUGAGCUGGGAGGUGUGCUUCCCCUCAGACCACCUCUCACAGGACCUUGAACCUCUUAGUUGAAAAUCAGUGACAUAGCAAUAUAUAUAUAUAUAUAUAUAUAUAAAAGUAAUUAUUAUUUUUUUGGUCAGAACUCUAUUUGCAGUGAUAUAGUUGAACCAUUUUAAGUUAUGUCAGUUAGUCUGAACGCCCUGGCCCUCAGGAUCUUCAUAUCCUUUUCAGUUGCUUCUAACCUUCCACCUCUCACUGUCUUCCUCUCUCAUUUAUUUUUUAGAUGCUUUUCCAAACCAAUAAUAUUCCAUAUUUUCUGGUCCUGUCUGGGGAAAUGCAUUAUAAGAUGAAUGAAAAGGUUUAUUAAUUACAGAGCAAGUCAAGCAGGACUUGCUAGUGCUCUGGAAAGGAAGGAAUUUCACAGGUUUAAAGGCUUAUUGCAAUUCCUCUCAGUGGGGACUUGUGGAAGAGAGCGAGCUUGUGUAUUCCUGUGGGCAAACUUGGCAGCUGUGGCUCCAGAGUGGUUUUGUUGGGUGUUUGCAGGUUUUGUGCAUGAGUGAGAGCCCAGCAGGACAUGUCUGGUACCAGGUGUGAGCAGAGCUCUCUGCUUGCUGGGGUGUGUGGCUUGAGGGGGAGCCUGGAGGGGUUGGUGGAAGGACUCACAGAGCCUUCAGUCACUUGUCCUGCAAAUUCUGAGGUGGAUGAGCUUGGCAAAGCAAUCUGUGAGGCUGUCACUGCUGCUGUUGGAAGAUGGACUGAUCAAGCAAAGCGUUCAGUUGUACCCAUGUAUUUCCAGUCUGGUUUAUGCCAAAGUGUAGGAUCCAGAAAUUAUCUUAAGGUGUUGUGAAGGAGAGAGCUGUGCAUUUUUACAGUAUUAAAAAUACGCCUAGUGGAAAAAAACAAACACUUAAUAUGCAAACAACUCAAUAGCUGUCCUGAUCUACAUACCUCAUUUGGUGUAACUCAGCAUUGGCGUGGCUGCAGUCUGGUUAGAGUGACUUGUGCUAACAGGAUUUGACUCCAGGUUUUAUAAGUUCUGCCUUUCUGUUUUCCUGUUGGUUAGGGAUGAACCUAAACAAAAUCCAGUCACACUCCUUUGAUAAUGUUUGCUCUACUUAAAAAAAAAAAAUCUGCUUUCUUCUUUAUUCCCACUUAUUAUUGGCUGUUCAGUCACUGAUGUAGUGAAUCCCAGCAGAGUGUUUGGAGGAAGAAUUGCCUGGGCUGGCAGCUGGGCAGAAAUGAAGCAGACUCUGCUCCCCUUUCUUUGGGAAUAUAAGACAGAGAUAAGAGCAGAACCUUACAGCCCUAGGGUGAAGAUGGAGAAUUCUGGAAAGCAAGGAGGCUCCGUUGGCUUGCACAGCCCAGUUGCUGGCAGAUAGAGGUUUGAUGAGCCCAGGUCAGGGGUGGUUUUGGAGCUGGGAACCUUCUGCCCUGCUCUGCUACACUCUAGAUAAUACUGGUGCAUACUGGUGGUUUAGGGGUUUUCUGCCCUCCAUCACCACCUCUUGAAACCAGAAGUACUGUAAAGAAAUUUCUGGGUUUCCCUUGAGAUAUUCCUUCAACAAAGCUGAAGUUGUUGGUUGCUGUGUUUUGUUGUCAGUGAGUUUUUUGUUUAAAUGCAGUUGUUGGUUUUGUUUUAGAUAUAUCCCCCUCCAACCAAGGCAGUUACUGCUGGAUUGGAUCAGGGAGGGAUGCUGGGAAUUACUAUGAUGGGAAACUGUGAAUUCAAGGGACUGAGCACGAGGGCCUGGAUUUAUUUCAGCAUACAGCCUGUGCUCUGGCCAUGCUUGCAGCCAGGAGGCUGAACCUGACCUCAAGCUGUUAAAUUUGCUCCAGCUGGAAGAGAGGUCAGGCCUUGGCCAUGCAGGGAACAGGAAGGGUGCUUCACUGGAGCAAGCAGGUAACAUGGAAUAAAUAAGUAGAUCCAAGGUAUUGCCUCUGCUAACUGGAUUCAGAUUAUCCUUCUUUUCCUUCAUUUUUACUUGAAAAAUUGCUUUUGGAUAAUUUUGUGAAACUUCUUUCAAUACCAUGUCCAGGGCUGGAUUAGGAUUUGCCUGUUCCCCUUCAUGCUUUGGCUGGAGCCUCUUUCUCUCAGGAGUGUGUUGGUGUUGAUGAGGCAGAGGUGAGCUGCUGGGUCAGACCUUGCUGCCCAGCCAAGGAGAAAGGAAAACACAGUGAGGUGUGCAGGGUGUUUACAGCCCUGGCUCAGGUCUGGUCAGGGUGAAUUUCCAGUGAGCAUUUUGGCAGCUUUUAUUUUCUUCAAGCACUUUACACAAAAAGCAAGCUCACCAUGCCCCAGGAGCUAAUGAUCCUGCCAGCAUGCACCCAGUGGUUAAAUGGUUUAAAAUCUCUUUUCAGGGCUGGAGGCAGCUUGUUUGAAUCUCUGCCUGUGACCAUUGAAGUAAUGGGACUUUUGGUUAUGGUCAGAAAACUGAAUUUCAAUGCCAGUUAGUCUAAUAGCCUUCUCAUUUCCAGCCUGUGUUCCUCCUGCUCCUGCACUGCCAGGAUUGCAGUUUCAGCACCAUGAAUUGUAAGUGGAAAUUCCAUUUCCAUGGUCUCUGAAGCUUACUGUUUUUUUAAUGAAUUUAGAAUAAUGCUAAUGCUUUCCUUGCCAGACAGCUGGUGAUCUUAAGACUGGUACAGCCUCAGUGCAGUCAGUUUUCUGAACAGUACCACUGGUUUCAUCUCUUUUUUUUAGAGCUGUAGUAAAUUCUGCUCACUGCCUAGGGUCCUCCUGCUCAGAGAGCCACAGGUAUCGCUGCAGCCCUGUGACAAUCUCAGAUUUGUGCUGGGAAAGGACUGGUUCAUACCCAUUGCCAACUUCUGCUUGAAUACACCAGAAGUCUCUCUUCAAAGUGAUUAAACAGUGUCUGCAUGAA